UAACGUAUAUGCUCCAAGCUGCUGGAACAGUCUUCUGAGGCCACGAGAGCAGCUUCAUCUCCAGACCUCCUACUGCAGCCUGGCUUUUGAAUAGACUCUCGGGCAGAAUGUCGACAGCCGAUGAAGUGCGGGAAAACGUGAAGAAAUACUACGGCUCUCGAGUGGAGUCCUCUGAUUUGCAAACCAGCGCUGCCACCUCCUCCUCCUGCGGUAUUUCAUUCCGGCCAAUGCCAAAAAGCGUCAGAGAUGCUCUGAGCCUGGUUCACCCCGAAGUCGCCAAAAAAUUCUUCGGUUGUGGUCUUCCGUUUCCAUCGAAGCUUGAAGGCUGCAAAAUCCUGGACCUCGGCAGCGGCUCCGGCAGAGACUGUUUUGCCUUCAGUAAACUUGUUGGACCGAACGGACAUGUGACAGGCAUCGAUAUGACGGAGGAGCUGAUCUCAGUGUCUAGUCAGUAUGUCGAGUAUCAUCAGAAGACGUUUGGCUAUGAGAAGCCCAACGUCACCUUCGUCCAGGGAUACAUGGAGAAGCUCAAUGAAGCUGGCAUCCAGAACGACUCUGUGGAUGUUGUGAUAUCCAACUGUGUAAUCUGUUUGUGCGCUGACAAAAGAGCAGUAAUGCAGGAAGCCUGCAACGCCCUCAAGGAAGGAGGUGAACUGUACUUCAGUGACAUGUAUGCCAGCAAAGUCAUUCCUGAUCACAUGAAGCAAGAUCCAGUCCUGUGGGGUGAGGGAAUGAGCGGCUCUUUGUUCUGGCGAGACCUUAUCUCGCUGGCACACAGCGUGGGUUUCAGCACUCCACUCCUUGUUUCUGCAUCCCGCAUUGUGGUCCACAACAAUGAGCUCAAAGAAAAAGCAGGCGACAUCAGCUACAUUUCAGCCACUUACAGGCUCUUUAAGCUGCCCAAAACUCCAGUGCUGUCCAGUGCGACUGUGACCUAUAAAGGAACGAUGGCAGACUCCCCUGAUGAGCUGUACUUUGAUUCCUUACACACUUUCAAGAAAGACGUGGCCGUGGAGGUAAAUGGAGAGAUGGCAGCAAUCCUCCAGACUUCACGUUUCUGCUCAGAUUUCAAGAUCCAGAUGUUGGAUAAACCUGAUUCCAACUCCGAGUCAGCACCACAGUACUGCCACCUCGACCCGUUUCUGUGGUCUGACAAAAUGGGAUCCUCUGUGAAACAAUGCUCCAAAUUAAACAAAUAAAGAGGCAGCCGAAUCCAGAAGAAAAUGUGAUGAAGAUUCAAGAUACCCGCAAAAAUUAAACUCCUACUAAGUUCUUCUACGGAUCUGUUUUUUCUAAAUCAUCUUAGUUAUGUAGUUACAGCAAUUUUAUUCAGAUAACUUCCUGUUUUGCAGGCGUAGUCAUAGUCAAUAGUGUCACUGUAAGAUUACUACAAAUAGUACAUUUUAUUCCACAUUUGAUUGUUUUGGUGUAGAGACUAAAUGACAAAGUAACAACACUUUCUUGAACUUAUUAAGUAACUAGUGAACACAAAAAAAGAGUUUUUCUAAUCUUAACAUGAAAAUCUGCAUAAAAAUGAACUGGAAGCGUCUUGCAAAUAUUUGUGUUGUAUCUGUUGUCGUUCCUCUGUGCUUGUAUUCAGUUCACUGCUGUAUUCAUGGACAGUGGCUAGAUUUAGUCUCAGAAGAGUACAACAAGGCAAGUCUGACAACAGUGAACAACACAAAUGGAAAUAAAGACAAAAAGAUGUAAUAAUCACUCAAUGUGUCUGUUUGAUAAGAUAGCGCUGUAUACUGUUAUAAAAACAUUUAAACACUUA